AUGGAUGCAGCUGCAGAGCCGGUUACCGUCGCUUCCGUUCAGAGGGAACUACAGGAUGCCAUGGCAGCGUUCGAGCAGCACGUUCGUGGUGCUGUGGCCAAGGUGGAUGGGUACUUUAGGAAGGGCGCGAAGACGGACAAGGUCAGCGUGGAGACUAAGCUGGAGGACUUCAAACAGUGUGCCCUCCUGUUCAACUCGGGGUGCAAGACCAUGCUACUGGCCGUGAAGCAGGUGGUGGGGAAGCUGACGGAGUGCCUGCCCACCGCUCAGAAGACGGAGGAAUUGUUGCGGCAGGUGCAGCAGCAGAGGGCGAUGCAAAAGGAUGCCAGAAGAGUUCAAAGCGAACUACAGCGUCAGUUGGAUGAAGCGCGCGCGGAUGUGGUAGCGCAGUCCAGUGAAUGCGCGCUGUUAAAGGCAGAGGAAGAGGCGGGUAGAGAGGAACUUCAAGUGGCACGGUCUCAAAUGACUCUCCUCGGUGAUCAUAUCCAGGCAUUUGAGCAAAACCGCAUCCGUGAGUUCGACCUGCUGGAGCGCAUGUCCUGCGACCACGAGAGAGAGAUCGCCGUCUGGCAGAGGAAGUGCUUGCAGGCGCUGCAGGAGGUGGAGGACCUACGUGCAGAGAAGGAGGGGUCGCGCGGGCGUCAGAUGGAUGAGAAGCUCUGCUUUCAGCUUUGUGAGUUGCAGCAGGAAUGUAACCGUCUCCGUAAUGAAAACGCCACACUUGGCCAGACUGGAAGUCUGGAAAGCACGCCAGCCGGUGCCACAGACGUGGUGACGACGCCGCGCCAACAGGAGAGGAGUGCGAGCACGGCUGUGAGCCCUGUCGUCGUCUCCCUCGAAGUCGAGAUGCUGCGAGUGGUCAAUCAGCUGGGUGUCGCGUUUGCGGAGCGCCUGGCGGUGACAGAGGGGGAUGGGCGGCGCGUGGGUGGGAGCGGGGAACGCAAAAAGGCCUCGCUAUCUUUUGAGGACCCGGCGAUGGGCGAGAACACAAGAGUGUCACCCGUCUUCACGAGUGCCGCCUGCAGUGUUGGCAAGACAACGGAUGAGAGUAGGCCUGGCAGUGCGUGCGGUGCCAGCGUAACCUCCGAGAAGCACCUGGGCGCCGCAAAGGAAAAGCCGCAGGCACAGUAUGCGUCUCCCACUCCCUACAGUGCCGAGGAUGACAUGCAUAGUGGGCGCGGGGAGGCGCAGGUGCGGGAGUGGGAGGCGUACGUCAGGCAGAUGGAGCAUCGGAUGCAGGACGCCGUCGCGAUGGUGAUGAAGACCAUUAACGACGAACGCAACGCUGCGGAGCAGCGGCUCCAGAAGGAACUUUCCCUUCGUGAGAAUAUUUAUCAGUCACAGUUAACAACUGUGAUGCAGGCAGGGAAGAGGCACAUGUGCGAGGCAGCAGAGGCAUUGCUGCGCUGUCAACAGCUGCGGCACGAACUGGAUAUGCUGCAGACUGCCGCAAAGAAGGAGGCCAUGCAGCGGGAACUCGUGUCCGACGCGGAGCGACGUCUCACUGUGGCUCAAAGUGAGGUCUUUGCACUGAGGAUUGAUAAUGAGCAGCUGCGGGUGAAGGAGCAUGUGUUGAGGCGGCAGUUGGAGAGCAUGCACGCUGUGCGGAAUUUUCUGCCUGCCUUUGCAUCUUCGGCGUCACCACCGCUGUGGCAAAAGACGAAAUGCAACCACAGAGGUAGUAUUAGUUCCCGUCAUACUGGUAGCAGUACCAGUGUUAGUAGUGCCAGUGGCGGUCAAAACCAGCCGCAGCGGGAGGACGAACGCUAUGCAUCCCUCCCUGGUGCUUCUACGAGGCUACCGGGGGCGCUGGUGGGAGGUGAUGCAAAGACGAGUGGUGGCGGACAUGCGUUGGUGUCAACCCCUCGAGGUUUGCUAGCGGCUGGGCGACUGGACGAAGCCAUUCGUCAGCUGCAGGAGCGCCUGGCGGCGCUGGACGCGGAGGUCGCACACGUCACAGAAGCGCACGAGGUGGAGCACGGCGUUUUUACUCGGCGCCUCGAGCAACUUCGUGCGACACUUCUCUACUGGAACCGUGACGAUGGCGCUGCUAGCGGCGUGAACAGUGAACACGCGGCUGAAAUGCGGCGACGCAGUGAAGCGGAGGUUGUGGCCGUCGUAGAGGCGCAGCGUGUGGCGCAGGGCAACAUCACAGCGUACUGCGCUCAUGCGGGUAAGAAGCGGAGAGAACUUGUGAAGGUUCUUGGGAGGGCCACGAACAUGCGGCUGGCGUUGAAAGGGCAAUGA